CCGGAAGUGGGCGGGGCGUACGCGUUUGUUGUGCUCGAGGCCGUUUCCGGCGCAGGUCUGAGGCUCCGGGAGGCCAGCCUGUCCCCAUGAGUUCCCCAGUGGAGGAUGUCCAUGAUCCUUUUUGCCUGCGUGGUGCGGGUGAGGGACGGACUCCCACUCUCGGCCUCCACAGACUUCCACCUCGACCAGGACUUCUUGGAAUGCCGGAAGAAACUCAAGGCCCUAUCAUCCAUCUUGACACAGUAUCCAGAGCGGGGUACAGCCACCGAACGUGACCUCAGCAUACACUUCCAUUCCUCGGGAGACAUUGCCUGCAUGGGCAUCUGCAGAAACAGCUAUCCCUCAGUCAUGGCCUUCUGCUUCCUGGAAGAGCUCCAGUGGGAAUUUGCCACUACUUAUGAUGCUGCAAGUGUGGGCCUGGCAUCCAGGCCAUAUGCUUUUCUUGAAUUUGACAAUGUCAUUCAGAAAGUCAAAAGCCGUUUCAAUUACACAAACUGUGCGCAGACAGCAUUCAACAUGGAAAAAAUCCAGGAAGAGCUUCGCUUGCAGCCUCCUGCUCUUGUCCGGUUGGAAGACACGGCAUUGAUGAACGGGAUGGUGAAUGGCCACACGGAGCUCCAUGCCGAACCUGCCCCCGCUUACCGAAUGCAACCAGUGUCUCCAUUGGGAAUUUUAUCUCUGGUUCUCAACAUCAUGUGUGGUGCCUUGAAUCUCAUUCGAGGAGUUCAUCUUGCAGAGUAUUCUUUUCAGGAAGAUCGCACAGGAAUUGGGAAAGUAAUAGCAUUCCUUCUGCCUUUUGUAGCCUGUUUCCUGUUGUGCUAUCUCUACCUGUUCUACAGCUCAGCCAGGAAGAUAAAGGUCUUCAUACUUUACGUCACAAUCUGUUUAUGCAACAUUUAUUUGUACGGACUGAGGAACAUCUGGCAGAUCCUCUUCCACAUCGGGGUGGCUUCCUUUUCUUCCCAUCAGAUACUAACACGGCAGGUUGCAGAGAAACAGCCAGAUUUUGGAGUAUGAACAAGAAAACAAGGCAACUGGAAA